GCUUGGUAGUUCUGCGCAUGCGCGGCAAUUUAAAGCCUCUGCAGAUCGAGAUCAACGUCGGGGCUCUGGGAAGGCAGUACAGCGGGUGAAACCACCGGGGGAUUGCCCCGAGAAAAGCGGGACUGUGUGUCCCCGGGGCACCAUGAGCCUCCCGCGGCCGGAGGGAGACGAAGAGAGAUGCGAGGAGCAGCGCACCGGGGGCGGUAGGUCGAGUGAAGAUAGCACGGAGGAUGCGGCUGAUACCGAGACAAUGAAACCGGAAGACCCGGCAAGACCCGCCCCCGCGGACCCGACCCAGCCUACAGAGCCGGAGAGCUCCGCCAGGGACGAGCAUGCCACGUCUGCCAGCGGGUCCGCCUCGGGAGCAAACCUGUUCUGGUGGCUGAACAAGCGCUGUCUGGGCAGGGGGCUUUGUGUGGACCCCGCAAGGGACAAUUACAGGACAAUGACCAGCCUGUACAGCUCCAUCCACCCUGCGGACUCUGUGAACCUCAGCACCAGGACCCACGGGGCGGUAUUUAACCUGGAAUACUCCCCAGAUGGGUCGGUACUAACUGUUGCAUGCGAGCAAACUGAAGUCCUUUUAUUUGACCCAGUGUCUUCAAAGCAUAUAAAAACCCUUUCAGAAGCCCAUGAAGACUGUGUAAAUAAUAUCCGGUUUCUUGAUAAUAGGCUGUUUGCAACAUGCUCUGAUGACACGACCAUUGCACUUUGGGAUCUGAGAAAAUUAAACACAAAGGUGUGUACCCUGCAUGGCCACACCAGCUGGGUGAAGAACAUAGAAUAUGACACAAAUACAAGACUCCUGGUAACCUCUGGCUUUGAUGGAAAUGUAAUCAUUUGGGACACCAACAGGUGUACAGAGGAUGGCUGCCCACAUAAGAAGUUCUUUCAUACGCGUUUCCUUAUGCGAAUGAGGUUAACACCUGAUUGUUCUAAAAUGUUAAUUUCUACAUCCUCUGGGUAUCUGUUGAUUUUACAUGACUUGGAUUUGACAAAAUCAUUAGAAGUUGGCAGCUACCCCAUAUUAAGAGCAAGGAGAACAGCAUCCACUUCAGAUAUGACCACUUCACCUACUUCUGAAUCCAGAACAGGUCCCCAGUGUCAAAACAGUGACUUGGGCUCACUGUUUGAGAAACACACUUCACGGUCUUCACAAAGAGAAGGUGCCUCCCCCCGUAAUAGUCUUGAAGUCUUGACACCAGACGUUCCAGGAGAGCGAGACCGGGGCAACUGCAUCACAUCACUACAACUUCACCCAAAAGGAUGGGCCACACUGCUUCGAUGCUCUAGUAACACGGAUGAUCAAGAGUGGACCUGUGUGUAUGAAUUCCAGGAAGGGACUCCAGUCCGACCAGUGUCCCCUCGCUGCUCAUUGCGACUUACUCACUACAUUGAAGAGGCCAAUGUAGGUCGGGGUUACAUCAAAGAGCUGUGUUUCAGCCCUGAUGGACGUAUGAUCGCCUCGCCACAUGGUUAUGGUAUUCGUUUAUUGGGGUUUGAUUCCCAGUGCAAUGAACUAGUAGACUGUUUACCCAAAGAAGCUGGGACUUUGCAGGAAAUUCGCUCCCUGUAUUCUCACAGAGAUGUGGUCCUAACAACAAAGUUCUCUCCCACACAUUGUCAGAUAGCUUCAGGGUGCCUUAGUGGACGCGUUUCCUUGUAUCAGCCGAAGUUUUAAGCAAAAAGCAUCAAAUUUUUUAAGGGUCAGAAUUGGAACAGGUACAUCGAACACAGUCUUGAUUUGCAUCUUUUUACCUGGAUGAUUACAUCACAGAGAUGCAUAACGGCACAGAUUAUAUUUUGGCUUUGAUUUUUGGCAGAGCAAGUUCCGUGCACCUUCUUGCCUCUUCACCUUUUUAUAUAUCUGUAUUCUUGAUAUUCACCAGCCAUUCUCCACUUUUUGUGCCGUAUUGCCUGUCAAACACUAAGAACAUUUAUAUAAUUUUAUUCAUUGAUUGGAUUAUACCAUGUAUAAUAUUUGUUUGGUCCCUCUUGAAAAUAAUGCAUUUGAAAUGAAAUCUGUAAUUUUAAGGCAAGAUGUUCUUUGACAUUAAAAAGAAACAAAACUUCACUGUACUGGUAACUUUAUAUUUCAAAAUAAUUUAAC